AGGACGCUACAAAACACUUGGCUCCAGCCAUAGGAUUAUAAAUUAACUCAUGAGGCGACUGAUACCUGUGUCUAAUGUAAGCUGUUCUGAGAAGACUCAAUGCCCCUUACUAAAGCAUAGAACAAGCGUGUCCACAGACACAAACGCCCAAAGUCCUCCCGCCUAGAAUGAAAACUGAGCUAGGUAAUGAAACCAGAUGCCUUCAAAACCCCAUAAUCAAAAACAUGGCACAAGAGCACACGCGGCCAUGUGUUGGGACGUGUCAUGCUAAUGAAAUCCUUCAGAGCUUAAAUGCCUCCAGGCAAAGUGGUGUAUUUACAGAUGUCACUCUUCUAGUAGAAGGUCAGACGUUCCCCUGCCAUAAAGUCAUCUUGUCCUCCAAGAGCUCUUAUUUCAGAGCCAUGUUCAGCAACAGUCUUAAGGAGACCAAUCUCAAUGUUGUGGACCUUCAUGAGUUAUCUGCUUCAUCAAUAAGUCUUGUUUUGGACUUCAUGUAUGAAGGUAAACCUCAACUACAAGAAGACAAUGUGCAGGACAUCCUGCAGGCCUCUGAUUUGCUGAACAUCUUCAGUUUAAGAAAUGCAUGUGUGAAUUUUAUUGAUGGCCAGCUAGACCCUUCCAACUGCGUUGGCAUCAUGAAGUUUGCAGACAUGUUCUCAAUCCCGUCACUAUCGGAGAAAAGCAAGAAGCUGAUGCUGGAAAGUUUUGCGGAGGUCUCCUGCCAUGAGGAGUUCCUGGAGCUGAGUAAAGAAGAACUGAUUGAGUGCUUUAGGAACAGUGAUCUGGUGGUGGACAAGGAAGAGGUUGUCUUUGAAGCAGUCAUGAGGUGGGUGAAGGGAAACAAAGGCAUGGAAAGGAAAGACCUGAGGGAUAUCCUGGAGCAUGUGAGGUUGCCCUUGCUGGAUCCUGUUUAUUUCCUGGAGAAGGUGGAAAUGAACAACAGCAUCCAAGACUGCCCUGAGUGCUUCCCUUUGCUGCACGAGGCUCGGAUGUACCAUAUCCUUGGAAACCGGCUCAAUUCAAGGAGAGUGAGACCAAGAAGAUUCAUGGACCUGUCAGAGGUGAUCAUUAUUAUUGGUGGCUAUGACGGAAAGGGGGUCUUAAAGUUACCGUACAUUGACAGCUACGACCCCAAAGGAGGACAGUGGACGGCCAUAUCUGCGGUUCCUGGAUACACCAAAUCCGAACCUGCUGUCUGCACAUUAAAGGAUAAUAUCUAUAUGUCAGGUGGUCACAUCAACAGCCACCACGUCUGGAUGCUGAAUGUCCAUGUUAAUAACUGGGUAAUGAUCGGCUUGCUGAACACGGGCAGGUGGAGACAUGGCAUGGUAACGCUAAAGGGCCAGAUCUACUGUGUUGGUGGAUUUGAUGGUCUGAAGAGGCUGUCUAUGGUGGAACGGUACAACGCAUUCACCAACGCCUGGUCUCCUGUCGCCCCCAUGUUGGAAGCUGUCAGCUCUGCUGCUGCUGUGUCCUAUAUGGAUAAGAUCUACGUCAUUGGUGGAGCUGUGGAUGAUUACCGGAGCACGGACAAGGUUCAGUGUUAUGACCCCGAGGAGAAUUCCUGGAUGUAUCUGUCUCCAGCCCCUUUCUGCAAGGACAGGAUUAGCGCUGUGGAGUUAGAUGGGACUAUAUACAUUGUUGGAGGAUUGAUGAGCACAGUCUUCAGCUACAGCCCAAUAACAGACACCUGGUGUAAAGCAGCAACUUUACCCGGACCUCUGGAAAGUUGCGGUGUGACGGUUUGCGGAGGGAAGAUCUACAUCAUGGGCGGCAGAGAUGGAAGCGGACGAGGGACAGACAAGUCGUUAGUGUUUGAUCCAACAACAAAAGAAGUCUGUGAAGAACGGUCGUUGCUGCGCUGCACCAGUCACCAUGGCUGCGUCACAGUCCUGCAGAGACUGAGGAGAUGACUGAUCCCCCCCCCACCCGGUUUUGCUGUCGCUCACGUGAAUUGUUAGUGUGGCCGCCCUCAGGAGUUGUGUGGGGGCCUCGACAUCAUCCUGCCUGAGGACAGGGACACUACGACUGACGCUGGGAGUUUGUGAUGGGGACAGAAGGCGUUAGUGUCCCCCCUCAUCAGGCAACACAGCAGUGCUGAAAUAGGGGGCCCCAGGAGAAAGGCCUCCACAAUUUAGGACAGGAGGAACAAGGAGGCUGGGGUGAUUUUAAAAUACAGAUGGAGCUUCGCUCAUCUAGCCUUCUCUGCUGCGCCUAGGUGCACCAAGGAUUAUUAGCAUAAACCCUUCAUCUGUUGUUCUCAGCUGCAGUACAAUACAGAGAGAACAAUACAUCAGGGGAUUAAGGGGGUCAUUCCGAGUUGAUCGCUGGCUGCAUUUGUUCGCUGCACAGCAUUGAGGCUAAAAACGGCACUUCUGCGCAUGAGUAUGCAUCACAAUGCGCACGCGCGACUUACUAUUACAACGACCGAUGUAGUUUCACACAGGGUCUAGCGAUGCAUUUCAGUCGCACAGGCAGCCAUAGAGUGAUUGACAGGAAGAGGGCGUUUCUGGGUGGCAACUGACCGUUUUCAGGGAGUGUUCGGAAAAACGCAGGCGUGGCUGGGAGAACGCAGGGCGUGUUUGUGAUGUCAAAUCCGGAACUGAAUGUUCUUUAUAUCUUCACUGUUUGUACUUUUUUUUUAAUAUCACAUGUUCAUGAAUAAAUAAAUCCUGCUUUAGUUAU